CCUCCACCGCCGCCGCCGCCGCCGCUGCGGUCGUUAGCGCGGCGCAGGGCAGGCGGAGGCUGGGGACUGGACGCGCUCCUGCCUUCCCCGCCGGCGCUCGGGCUUCCCCUCGGCGGCUUCCCGCGGGAAGCUCUCCAGCGGUCCACCUGAAGGGCACCGGCACCAUGGUCUAGCGCGGCACUUGCCUGGAUUCCCCCUUCUCCUGCUCCUCCUGCCUGCUAGCCCUUCCCUCGUCCUCUCCUCCACGGACCCCCGCGCCCACUCCACUGCGGACCCGAACGCUUUAAGGAAUAACCGUUGGCAGCUGCAGGCGAGCAGGCUCCAGCACCUCAUGGGCAGUCCCCACCGCCGGCGAUGAUGGAGAACCUAAUAAGGGGACGGAAUCCCCCACAAUAUCAGAGAAGCCCUUGUAAAGAAGUCCGCGCAGCCCUUCGGAAGAGGCCCGAGGAGGAGUUGCAGUGCCUGGAGAUGACCACCAAACGGAAGAUCAUCGGCCGUCUGGUGCCGUGCCGAUGUUUCCGAGGUGAAGAAGAAAUCAUCUCGGUUUUAGAUUACUCCCACUGCAGUCUGCAGCAGGUGCCGAAGGAGGUCUUUAACUUUGAACGGACAUUAGAGGAGCUUUAUCUAGAUGCCAAUCAAAUUGAAGAGCUACCUAAGCAACUGUUCAACUGUCAAGCUCUACGAAAACUCAGUAUUCCUGAUAAUGACCUUUCCAACCUGCCGACCACGAUUGCUAGUUUAGUUAAUCUUAAAGAACUCGACAUCAGUAAAAAUGGUGUGCAAGAAUUUCCCGAAAACAUUAAGUGCUGUAAGUGUUUAACAAUUAUUGAAGCCAGUGUCAACCCCAUUUCUAAACUCCCCGAUGGCUUCACGCAACUUCUAAACCUGACCCAGCUCUACCUGAAUGACGCCUUUCUUGAAUUUCUUCCAGCCAAUUUUGGAAGACUUGUCAAAUUGCGAAUCUUGGAGUUAAGAGAAAAUCACUUGAAAACUCUACCAAAGUCAAUGCACAAACUGGGCCAGUUGGAAAGACUCGACCUCGGCAAUAAUGAAUUCAGUGAGCUGUCUAUAGGAAAGUUAAAGAUGCUGGUUUACCUGGAUAUGUCAAAAAACAGGAUAGAAACGGUCGACAUGGACAUUUCUGGAUGUGAAGCCCUCGAGGACCUCUUACUAUCGUCCAAUAUGUUGCAACAGCUGCCUGACUCUAUAGGACUGCUGAAAAAACUAACUACUCUAAAAGUGGACGACAACCAGCUCACCAUGCUGCCCAAUACAAUCGGAAAUUUAUCUUUAUUAGAAGAGUUCGACUGCAGCUGUAAUGAACUGGAAUCGCUGCCGUCCACCAUUGGCUAUCUCCAUAGUCUGCGCACGCUGGCCGUCGACGAGAAUUUCCUUCCAGAAUUACCCAGAGAAAUUGGAAGUUGUAAGAAUGUAACAGUUAUGUCUCUACGAUCCAAUAAACUGGAAUUUCUUCCUGAAGAGAUUGGACAGAUGCAGAAACUCAGAGUCUUAAAUCUGAGCGACAACAGAUUGAAGAACUUACCGUUCUCUUUCACCAAACUUAAGGAGCUUGCAGCUCUAUGGCUCUCUGACAAUCAGUCCAAAGCCCUUAUCCCUUUACAAACCGAAGCCCAUCCAGAAACAAAGCAAAGAGUAUUGACCAACUACAUGUUUCCCCAGCAACCUCGUGGUGAUGAAGAUUUCCAGUCGGACAGCGACAGCUUCAACCCUACCCUGUGGGAGGAGCAGAGACAGCAGCGCAUGACUGUGGCCUUUGAAUUUGAAGACAAAAAGGAAGAUGAUGAGAAUGCCGGGAAAGUUAAGGAUCUCACCUGCCAAGCCCCCUGGGACAGGGGCCAGCGUGGGAUUACUCUCCAACCUGCCAGACUGUCUGGCGACUGCUGCACACCAUGGGCCAGGUGUGAUCAGCAGAUCCAAGAUAUGCCCGUCCCCCAGAAUGACCCCCAGCUGGCAUGGGGUUGUAUCAGUGGCCUCCAGCAGGACAGGACCCUGUGCACUCCAUUGCCAGUGGCAGCACAGUCCACCACUCUUCCCUCUCUAAGUGGCAGACAGGUUGAAAUAAACCUAAAACGAUAUCCAACUCCUUACCCAGAGGAUUUAAAGAAUAUGGUAAAAUCUGUUCAAAAUCUGGUGGGUAAGCCAAGCCAUGGAGUACGUGUUGAGAAUUCAAAUCCAAGUGGUAACACGGAGCAAACUGUGAAGGAAAAAUAUGAACACAAGUGGCCGGUGGCCCCAAAGGAGAUUACAGUGGAGGAUUCUUUUGUUCAUCCAGCUAAUGAAAUGAGGAUUGGGGAACUUCACCCUUCAUUAGCUGAGACCCCUCUGUAUCCACCCAAACUUGUUCUGCUAGGGAAGGACAAAAAAGAAUCAACUGAUGAGUCUGAAGUUGACAAAACUCACUGUCUGAAUAACAGUGUUUCCUCAGGCACUUACUCAGACUACUCGCCCUCCCAGGCUUCCUCAGGCUCCUCUAACGCCCGGGUUAAAGUGGGGUCCUUGCAGCCGACAGCCACAGACGCAGUACAUAAUUCUCUGUGGGGUAACAGGAUCGCACCGCCGUUCCCACAACCUCUGGACGCAAAGCCAUUACUCACUCAGCGGGAGGCUGUUCCCCCAGCGAACCUCCCCAACCUCCCGCAGCGCCCUGACCGGCUGCCCAUGGGCGACGCCUUCACCGACAACUGGCCUGACGGUUCACAUUAUGACAACACUGGGUUUGUCGCCGAGGAAACUGCAGCAGAGAACGCCAACAGCAACGCUCUCCUAGGCUCCAAGUCGAGAAACGCCGCCCCGCACGGACGCAGGCCCUUGAUCCGGCAGGACAGGAUCGUGGGGGUCCCCCUGGAACUGGAGCAGUCGACGCACAGACACACGCCCGAAUCAGAAGUGCCUCCUCCCAAUCCUUGGCAGAAUUGGACCAGAACCCCUAGUCCUUUUGAAGACAGGACUGCUUUUCCUUCCAAAUUAGAGACGACUCCCACGACCAGCCCCUUGCCCGACAGGAAAGACCACUUGAAGGAGUCCGCGGAGAUUCCGGGCCCUUUCUCCCCGGGGGUGCCGUGGGAGUACCACGACGCCAACGCCAACCGGAGUCUGAGCAAUGUCUUUUCUCAAAUCCACUGCCGCCCGGAAUCUUCCAAAGGUGUCAUUCCAAUUAGCAAAAGCACAGAGCGGCUUUCCCCACUAAUGAAAGAUAUAAAGUCCAAUAAAUUCAAAAAGUCGCAAAGUAUAGACGAGAUCGACGUGGGCACGUACAAGGUGUAUAACAUCCCGUUAGAAAACUACGCCGCCGGGGGCGAGCACUUGGGCAGCCACGAGCGCGCGGACAGGAUGCUGGGCCCGGAGCACGGCAUGGCCAGCAUGGCGCGGAGCCAGUCGGUGCCCAUGCUGGACGACGAGAUGCUCACGUACGCCAGCGGCAAGGGGCCGCAGCCGCAGAAGGCCUCGGUGACCAAGAGGGUCUACCAGUUCGACCAGAGCUUCAACCCGCAGGGCCUGCUGGACAUGAAAUCCGACAAGCGGAUGGCGCCCGGCUUCGCGCACGGCCCCGGCCCCGAGUACGCGCAGCCCGGCAAGGGCGCGGCGCAGGACCUGGUCAGCCCGCGCGCCUACCGCGGCUACGCGCCCAUGGAGCCGGCCUUCUCCUUCUCGCAGCCGUCGGCGGCCGAGGACGCCGUGCUGGGCGCGCAGCUGGCCGGCCAGGCGCGCGGCUUCCUGCGCAGGGCCGACUCGCUGGUGAGCGCGGCCGAGAUGGCCGCCUUCCGCAGGGCCGGCGAGCCCGAGCUGCUGCCCGACAGGUACGGCCGGCCGGCCUACCGCGCGGCCGUGCCGGUGCCCGAGCAGUUCCUCAAGAGGAACGGCAGGUACGAGGACGAGCACCCCUCCUACCAGGAGGCCAAGGCGCAGGCCGGCAGCUUCCCCGCCAAGAGCCUGACCCAGCGGCGGCCGCUGUCGGCGCGCAGCUACAGCACCGAGAGUUACGGGGCCUCGCAGACCAGGCCGGUCUCGGCGCGGCCCACCAUGGCGGCCCUGCUGGAAAAGAUCCCGUCGGACUAUAACUUGGGUAACUAUGGUGACAAGGCCGCAGAUAACAGUGAGAUAAAGACCAGGCCGGCUCCGGUGAAGGGGGAGGACAGCUGCGGGAAAAUGCCUGCAGACUGGAGACAGCAGCUGCUCAGACACAUAGAAGCUAGAAGGUUAGACAGGAAUGCUGCUUACAAACACAACACAGUUAACCUUGGCAUGCUGCCCUAUGGAGGUAUCUCAGCAAUGCAUGCAGGCAGGAGCAUGACUUUAAACUUGCAGACUAAGUCUAAAUUUGACCAUCAAGAACUACCUCUCCAGAAAACCCCGUCCCAGCAAAGCAACAUUUUAGACAAUGGACAAGAAGAUAUGUCUCCUAGUGGCCAAUGGAAUCCUUAUCCACUCGGGAGGCGUGAUGUUCCUCCGGACACCAUUACUAAAAAGGCAGGCAGUCACAUCCAGACUCUGAUGGGGUCCCAGAGCCUUCAGCAUCGCAGCCGGGAGCAGCAGCCGUACGAGGGGAACAUAAACAAGGUGACCAUCCAGCAGUUUCAGUCGCCAUUGCCUAUUCAGAUCCCCUCCUCACAGGCCACGCGGGGACCUCAGCCUGGACGGUGCUUAAUUCAGACGAAAGGGCAAAGGAGUAUGGACGGCUACCCAGAGCAGUUUUGUGUGAGGAUAGAAAAGAACCCCGGCCUCGGAUUCAGCAUCAGUGGUGGAAUCAGCGGACAAGGAAACCCCUUCAAACCUUCGGACAAGGGUAUCUUUGUUACUAGGGUUCAGCCUGAUGGGCCAGCAUCAAACCUUCUGCAGCCUGGUGAUAAGAUCCUUCAGGCAAAUGGACACAGUUUUGUACAUAUGGAACAUGAAAAAGCUGUAUUACUACUGAAGAGUUUCCAGAAUACAGUAGACCUAGUUAUUCAACGUGAGCUUACUGUCUAA